AUGAAACACAUCAGCUCAGUUCUGCUGGUGGCGGCCGCCAUGCUCGGCUCCGCCCGCGGAAUGGAGAACGGGGCAGCAAGUCCACAGACUCCAGAGGGUUCAGCAAAGACUGCCAACUGCCUUGCCGAGUUCAACGCUGCUCGAGAGCGAGCAGACCUCGACCCCUUCACUACAGAGACGGAUACACAGAAGAAAAUGCCAAUAAGCGACAAAGAGUACAUCAAGGCUAUCUGUGAAGCGAUAAAAAAGGAAAGUUACCCGUAUUUCGCCAGCUGUUUCCUUCUGUUGUUUGUGUCUAUCGGGGAAACCGUGAAGACCGCGAAAGUGAGUUACCAGCGCACCGGCACCUACGCCUACGCGCCUCAUUCGGAUCCUCUCGAUGGUUGCUCUGCAGCUGUUACCUAUUGGAAAGGUGCCCACGUCAACUUUGGAGAGCUCCCACCUGUGUACGAAGGAGAAAAAGGGGUGUAUAAAGAAAGCCGCAACCGUUCGCUUGUGGCCCUGUACAACCCUAAGAAAGAUGCCACAAUUGACUGCGCGUACAUCACUUGCCCCAUCACCUCCACGACCACCACAACCGCCUCUACCAGCGAAACGACUACAGAAGAAUCUACAACUGUGAGUGGGGGUCCUGCGGGUCUCUCUGUAACUCAUGAAGCAGAUGCUGCGCCAUCGGCGAGCGUGGAAGGCCAGGGAAACGAUGCAGCAAGUGCACCCUUCGCCUACCCUGCUUCCUACGGAGAAGGAAGCCAAAGCCACCAGCACGGCGGACCUUCUGUUCGGCGCCUCGCCGAUGCUGCAGAGACGGUUACCAGCCUCGUUUGCCUCACCAAUCCUGCAGCACUUGUAGAUAAAGAGAAGCCCUUCUCCGAGGAUGUCUGGGAGGAGAUAAAGGACGCAAUAGAGAACUCCGCUUCUGCAUCUACGCCCCAUCACCUCCACGACCACCACAACCGCCUCUACCAGCGAAACGACUACAGAAGAAUCUACAACUGCGGGUCCUGCGGCUCCUUCCCUCCACGACCACCACAACCGCCUCUACCAGCGAAACGACUACAGAAGAAUCUACAACUGUGA